GCGACCCGGCGAGCGGCGGCUGCCGGUGCGGAGCUCGGCGGUGACGACGAACGCUGCCUGGCGGGUGGGCUGCAGGGCAGGCGCUGCACCGGGUUUUUCCUCGCCGCCGGAGCGCCCUGGCCGCAGGUGGAGGGGAGGAAGGCAGAGGGAGAAGAAUGAAACGGGAGUUUUAAAACUUUGAGGACUCAUUAUGGAAGACUCAGAAGGACAUCACUUCAGCUCAGUGGAAGAGGAAACCAGAUACUGGAAAGACUUGGCCAUGAAAUACAAGCAGUGUGCUGAAAAUACACAGGAAGAACUGCGUGAAUUCCAAGAAGGAAGUCGAGAGUAUGAAGCUGAACUGGAGACUCAGCUGCAGCAAACUGAGUCCAGAAACAGAGACCUCCUGUCAGAAAACAAUCGUCUGCGAAUGGAACUGGAGUCAGUUAAGGAAAAGAUUGAAUUGCAGCAUUCAGAAGGAUACAGGCAAAUCUCUGCACUGGAAGAUGACUUGGCACAGACAAAAGCUGUUAAAGAUCAACUUCAGAAAUACAUUCGAGAACUUGAGCAAGCAAACGAUGACUUGGAAAGAGCAAAAAGAGCCACUAUAAUGUCCCUGGAGGAUUUUGAACAGCGUCUAAACCAGGCUAUUGAAAGAAAUGCUUUUCUGGAGAGUGAGCUGGACGAGAAAGAAAACCUUCUGGAGUCUGUGCAGCGUCUGAAAGAUGAAGCUAGAGAUCUACGACAAGAGCUUGCAGUGCAGCAGAAACAGGAGAAACCCAAAACACCAAUGCGACCUACCCUCGAAACAGAAAGAACAGACACUGCAGUUCAAGCAUCUUUAUCUGUGCCUUCAACUCCCUCGGUGCACCGGGCACCCAGAAUCAACACACCCACCCCAGCCACAUUUAGGAGAGGUCUUGAGGAUGGUUAUGGUGCAACACCUCUCACACCUGCUGCAAGAAUAUCUGCACUCAAUAUCGUGGGAGACUUGCUGCGAAAAGUGGGGGCAUUGGAGUCCAAACUUGCAUCUUGCCGAAACUUCGUGUAUGACCAGUCUCCCAACAGAACCACAGUGUCCAUGUACAUGAACAGAGAUGUCCUGGAGACACGCCUGAGUCCUCAUCAGCCUCUAUGUGAUACAGGGUUAGUGAAACGCCUCGACUUCGGAACACGGCCUUCGAAUAGUCCGGGACCAAUGGGCCAUUCUUCACAAAAUGUUGUCAAGAUGCUGCUAUGAAAAGCCUUGGCUGUCUUUGGAAAAGGAAAAGAAAAUAAAUGUUCAACUUUUAGGUUUAAAGACAAUACCAAUGAACAAUCGGGCAGCAUUCUCAGGGCAAUGACAACUCAACAAGAAGCUGCAUGGCCUUGCCCAGUCUGGCCUCUUGCCAUGUUCUGUAGGCGGUGUGGUAAAGCAAUGCUGCCUAGCAGUGCAGGAGUUAGAAUUGCUUCCUACAUCAGCUACUGUAAAAGACUCCUUGAAAGCUGUUUUUGACACUGCCAAUCAAAGCCAUUGUCCCUCCACCUACGACAGAGACAGUAUUCCAUCUGCAACCUCAGGCUUUAACUUUAAUGGUGCUGUUAAUGCAGCACGAUGGUAUUCUGGCUUAAAUUCUGUUAGUGCUGACUUUGUAUCAUUGGUGUGGUGGGCUGCAGUGAUCUAAAUUAGAGGAGUCUUAUGUGGAGACAGGCCCAGUUUUGAAGCUCUUUGUGGGGUGUUGGGUCAGAAUCUUGCUACUCAGAAACCUGCCUCUUUAGUGGUAAGAUGGUUUUAUGAGCAGUGCUUUGCCCUUAAGAACAGAAGAUGGCUAAAGGUGAGAAAUGCCAAGUGUAUGCAGGAGAUUGCAGAGCUAACAGCAAGGUAGGAGACUUUGGGCUGACUUAGCUUACAGACAUCUUUUAUUUUUGCCAUAUUGUGGCCUGUAAAGCCCAGCUCUUGUAGGAAGCAAGAGACCUGGUUAAAUUCCUAUUUGUAACAUGUUAAUAGGUGGGGUUUAGUACUUUCCAAACCUCCCGUUACUCACGUGCCUUGGCUAUUAGGGAUUUUUUUUCUUGUUUUAUUUUAAAAAUGAGAAUAUAUGCUUUCAGCUGUUACUAACUUAGAAAUGUUUUUUAACCUGGUAAGUCUGUUAUUCUAGACAAUUGUAUAUAAGUAGAGAAUUAUUUUGAAAUCCUUUUUUUCACCUAUAGAGUACUGCUGCAUUUUAGGGUUUUUUUUUUAAAUGGGGUAGAUUCACUCAGUAUUAAUGUACCUUGUGGAAGCCUGUACUUGCAAAAAUAAUUGACUAAACAACUUUAAUGGGGUUUUUUUUGAGAGUGGGGCAAAGCUUACAGGACAAAAGAAUGCAUACAUGAGGUUGAAGGUAUGUGGGGCUUUUUUUUGAAGAAAAUGCUGUGAAAACAACCACUGAUGCAUCUGUUUCUCUGGAGUAGAAAGUAACUACAGAUCAUUCCCAUUUUUUUCAGGCCAUCUACGAAGUUGACUAAUCCAGGGAGCAGAAUAAAGUUUAUUUUAGAUGCUA